UGAAGAAUGAAGUUUAGCUAGCCAGUCGGCGGCCGGCGGUUCAGUUGGUUCAUUAAACUUACCGAGCGGCGUUACAAUAUUAAUAUAGUAUAUGAUAGACAUCACGUGUACAAUAAAAUAAAAAUUAUACUAUACUUAUUCGAGUGUCGGUCGUAGUGUCGUAUACAUUUAUUAACAACACCCGUGGUGUGCGUCGUAGUAUACCUGCGUGUAAGUGAUGUGCAUCGAAUAAUGUAAAAAUUAAAAAUAUUAUUUUAUUAGUUUUCAUCAACUCGCCACGAAAACCCACCGGAUACAAUAUAAUAAUACAAUUUCAGUUAAAGGAAAGAAAUUCGAUUUUAGCCAACAAAUGAUGACCCCUCCUCUAUCAUUCCGGACUAAUUUGAUUUUCGCUACCGCUGUCAUUUGCGUAUUGAUUUCGCUGGUGCCCAAUGCUAAUGGUCAGAUAGAUUGCUACGAGUGUACAGUACAUCCACCAGAAAAAUAUAUGAACCUAACGACCAGACUGUGUUCGAAGUUUGAUGGUUCCGAUCACUACAAAGUACACUGUCCCAAUUCGACGUAUUGCAUGAAGAAAUCGUUUCAACUUGAACUACAGGCCGGAAAAAUCGUCAAAGGAAAUGUGAGGGGUUGUACGCCGCAGAAAUACGAUUAUCAGGUUUACAAGAACGGGUCGUGGAAAGUCGAGUCGGCCGUCGAGUACGACUCGUUCAAAAAGGGAUGCUAUUCCGGCAACGACGACCAACUGAGGACGGCGGAUACGCAGUUCUGCUACUGCGACGAUAACCUUUGCAACGACGCCAAACAGACGACGAACUUUUCCAGUCACACGGACACUAUCGCCGUGAUCAUAAUUUACAAUAUCAUGAGGUUUCUGAAAACCCACACGCAACCGGCGUAACGAUAGCGUUUCGAACAUACACCACGCGGCGCGGCGUCUGCAUAUUAUAGAAAUCUUGGCCAAUUGUACAAAGACUAAAUACAUUUUAAAUGAAAAAAAUCGAAAAAUGCUGAAAGCAACACACGACGCGAAUGUGAAUAUUAGUAUUUUUUGGUUUUUUACUAUACUUAAUGGACCCACGUCCAAAAUGUACACUGUUAUCUUAUCGAAUAUCGUUAUAAUAUUACAAUAAUUUAUUAACUAACUGUUUUUGGUUCAACUUCAAAUCUAGAAUUAUCUAUAUCUAAUUUACCAAGUACAGUAGAGUUAUCAUCGACACUUAUACGCGCAAAUAACACUAAUUAAAUUGGUAUAUUAUGAUAAUAAUAUAUUUAGAUUAUCUUUGAUCAUCGACUAGAAGAUAUAAUAGAUUAUAACGAAAAUCUACGAUAACAAAAAAAAUUAUAAUAAUAAUUUAAUUAGUUUUAAACAAGACUUGGCUGUGUUUAUUUUUAGUGUUAAGUAUACACGUUAAAUGUGUAAUUUUUUUAAUCCUACAGAUAUAAUACCUCUACUAUACAACAAUGUGAAUUACAAUGUACACUUUAUUCAAUAAAAUAUGAUGUAAUUGAAAA